CUUAUAGUGAUCGAACAUAUAUGCAGUGGUCAGUGUUUUCCUGUUCUCCUUCUUUUUAUUUGUACAUCUGAGAAGCGUGAGCUCAGUUUGAUUCUUGUCUUGUUUCUUGUUACAAUGACGUCUAACAAUAACAUACUGGUUUUAUUGCUCAAAAAGUGUUUUCUAUCUAUUUUGUUGUUUACUUGCACCGUUUAUUGUCAAAACAAAGAUCAGUUAUUAGUGGACACCGCAUUUGGAGAAAAUCCUUACUGUUAUGAUUGCACAUGCGUCCCUUCUGCCCAAUGCAAAAAUACAAAUGGAGACAAUAUUAUUAAUCUAAGAUUUCAGUCAGUUUCUUGCGUCGAGGAUGACGCACUUUGCUGUCGCGACGAAGACAUAAUAAGAGAAGAAAAAAAGAAUGACACCACCGCACCUAAAACAAAACAACCUUGCGGAACCCGUCGUUCAGAUGGAGUAGGACUUUUCAGAAUAAAUGACAAUGAUAACACCGAAUUCGGUGAAUUCCCCUGGAUGAUCGCAUUGUUCCACGAAGAACACGACUCCGAUAUUUCGGCGGAUGUUUACAAGUACAAAUGCGGCGGAUCUCUCAUACAUCCGCAGGUCGUACUUACAGGAGCUCACUGUGUGCCUAAGGACAUAAAAAAGUUGAUUGUGCGAGCGGGUGAUUGGGAUUUGAAUUCUACGGACGAGGUAGUACCACAUCAGGAACGAAAAGUACAGACGUUUAUAAUACAUCCUAAAUACAAUCGUGGUUCUUUGCACAACGAUGUCGCUUUGCUGUUCCUCGAGACCGCCUUUGCUGAAGCUGAAAACAUAGAUGUUGUGUGUUUACCUCCCCAAAAUACAAAUUCGGACAAUUCGAGGUGCAUUGCGACUGGAUGGGGUAAAACCAGCUUCAACAAGACGGCCCUUCUGCAGCGAAUAUUAAAAAUUGUUGAACUGCCCAUUGUUGAGCACGAGUCAUGUCAAGCAAAAUUAAGAACCACGAAACUCGGCAAGUACUUUAUACUGGAUCCUAGUUUUAUAUGUGCGGGAGGAAUGCCUGGAGUAGAUGUUUGUACGGGAGAUGGAGGAAGCCCUUUAAUAUGUCCUGUAAAAGGGAAGGAUCAGUACUAUCAAGCGGGAAUUGUCGCCUGGGGAAUUGGAUGUAAAUCUGACGUUCCUGGAGCUUACGUGAACGUUGCUCUGUUUCGGGAUUGGAUUGAUGAGCAAAUGAAAGCACAAAAUUUUAAUAUAAGUAUCUAUCAAUACUGAGAUAUGACUUUAAAACUUUUCUGUUGGCAAAAUGUAUUUUUAAUAUAAGCUUUUUUACUAUUUUA